AUGUACAGAUUGCAAGACGACAAACCAAAUGAGUUGAUCAAUUCAGCUGUUCUCAAAUCAGUAUCUCAAGUUGAACAAUCGUCGUCGUUUAAUUCUCAAACUCCUGCUCGUCGAAUAGAGGUCUUAGGUCCAUUUGGUACAGAAACAGCAAAUAUGCAUAUUGAUUUAGAACAAAAUAAAGCUACAUAUCACGCUGAAUUUACUGGCAAAUUAAGUGUAUUAAAUCAAUAUAGAGAAAUCGAUUGUACCGGACUACAUACACCAAUAACUGAAAUAACUCUAAAUGGGGCAGCAAAAGAUACGGCUCGUAUUCCAGAGGAUGCCACACAUUUUUGUUGGAUUUAUCCUCCGAGAGGCUUCACUAACCUUUCAACAGCAGCCAAAAAACUUAUUGACACUGAAGUAAUAAAUCGUGAUCCAGAAUUUACAUUUCUGGCAAUUGGUGGAUUCGUCUACUUUAAAUAUGAAAAUCAUGAAUAUCAUAUUUUGAGAACAAAUGCACUAGUUCAAGAUAUCAAUGGUUUAGUAUUUAAGGGUCCUUUUCCAUGGAAGCCUAAAUACACCGAAAAUUUAUGGAAACAAGAUCGAUUUCAAAAUAUUACCAUGUACUCGUUAUUAAAGUUGGGAAUAAAAUAUUAUACUUUUAUAAAUCCAAAUGAAGUACUGGAAGCUUCAAAUGUUCCUGUAUGGACUCCGAGUGAGAAUGGAGCGUUUGUUUAUCUCUACAAUGAAAAUGGCCAGCCACAUGAGUUUGAUUGUUACUUUUCCGUGGACGAUUACUGUCAUGGUGUGGAAGAUGGAAUUUUGUCUAGUGCAUGUGUAAGAUAG